GUGAGAGACGGCAGUUUCUUGUACAUUAACCUAAAGUAGCAGGGGGUUUAGCGUCGUAAAUGGGAAGCACACGCCACGGUGGAAAAGCGAAUACUGUCUAGCUAACUUCCAUUUACAACAUGGGUUCCACGUCGAUUUCGUGUUUGUGGAUUACAUUUUGCAUUCAUUUAUGUUGUUUUAUGGACACUGGAAAAGCACAGAAUGCGAAAGAAGUGAUUCUGUUGGAUUCCAAGGCGCAGCAGACAGAGCUGGAGUGGAUAUCCUAUCCUCCUAGUGGGUGGGAAGAGAUCAGCGGGUUGGAUGAAAACUACACCCCCAUUCGCACAUACCAGGUUUGUCAGGUCAUGGAGCCGAAUCAGAACAACUGGCUUCGGACUAGCUGGAUAGAGAAGGGCGAUGCCCAGAGGAUUUUUGUGGAACUGAAGUUCACCUUGAGGGAUUGUAACAGUCUACCCGGUGUGGUGGGCACGUGCAAGGAGACAUUCAACUUGUAUUAUCAGGAAACCGAUUCGGAAGUCGGCAGGAAUAUACGAGAGAACCAGUACGUGAAAAUUGACACAAUCGCAGCAGACGAGAGCUUCACCCAGGGGGACCUGGGAGAGAGGAAGAUGAAGCUGAAUACAGAAGUACGCAUCAUUGGGCCGCUGUCCAGACGAGGGUUUUACCUGGCCUUCCAGGAUGUAGGGGCAUGCAUCGCUCUGGUCUCUGUCAAAGUUUAUUACAAGAAGUGCUGGUCCAUCAUUGAGAACCUGGCCACUUUCCCAGACACAGUGACGGGGUCAGAGUUCUCCUCUCUGGUCGAGGUCGAGGGCACAUGUGUCAGUGACGCCGAGGAGGAGGCCGACAACUCUCCCAAGAUGCACUGCAGCGCAGAGGGGGAAUGGCUGGUGCCUAUAGGGAAAUGUAUAUGCAAAGCGGGAUUUCAUCAGAAGGGCGAUGCAUGUGAACCAUGUGGCCGUGGGUUCUACAAGUCCUCGUCCCAGGACCUGCAGUGUUCGCGCUGCCCAGCACACAGCUACAAUGAUCGGGAGGGCUCGUGGCGCUGCGACUGUGAGGACGGCUACUACCGGGCACACUCAGACCCACCCUCUGUGGCCUGCACAAGACCUCCCUCGGCGCCACAGAACCUGGUCUACAACAUCAACCAGACCACGGUCAGCCUGGAGUGGAGCCCGCCGGCCGACACGGGCGGUCGCAACGACGUGACCUACAGGAUUAUGUGCCGGCGCUGCAGCUGGGAGCCCGAGGAGUGCGUAGCGUGCGGGGGGAACGUGGGAUACUCCCCCCAGCAGGCGGGAUUAGUGGACACCUACGUGAGCGUGGUGGACCUGCUGGCCCACGCCAACUACACCUUCGAGGUUGAGGCAGUCAACGGGGUAUCUGACCUCAGCCGCACCCAGAGGCUGUUCGCCGCAGUCAGCAUCGCCACCAGUCAAGCAACUCCCUCCCAAGUCAGUGAAGUCAUCAAGGAGAGAGUGCAGCAGCGCAGCAUCCAGCUCUCCUGGCAGGAGCCUGAGCAGCCCAAUGGGGUCAUCACCGAAUAUGAGAUCAAGUACUACGAAAAAGACCAGAAGGAUCGCAUCUACUCCACAGUGAAGUCCAGGUCCACGUCAGCCACAGUGAACAACCUGAAGCCCAGCACUGCCUACGUGUUCCAGAUCCGAGCCUUCACAACGGCCGGCUACGGCACCUAUGGACCCCGGCUGGAGGUCACCACCAAGGAGGAGGCCUCAGCAGCCACCAUUGUCUCCAGCGAGCAGAAUCCCGUCAUCAUCAUUGCGGUGGUGGCCGUGGCGGGGACCAUCAUCCUGGUCUUCAUGGUGUUCGGCUUCAUCAUUGGGAGAAGACACUGUGGCUACAGCAAGGCGGACCAGGAAGGAGACGAGGAGCUGUAUUUCCAAUUUAAAUUUCCAGGCACCAAAACAUACAUUGACCCUGAAACCUACGAGGACCCGAACAGGGCUGUCCAUCAAUUUGCCAAGGAGCUGGACGCGUCCUGCAUUAAGAUUGAGCGAGUUAUUGGAGCAGGGGAGUUUGGGGAGGUGUGUAGUGGACGGAUGAAGCUCCCAGGGAAACGGGACAUGUCAGUGGCCAUUAAAACCCUGAAGGUGGGCUACUCAGAGAAACAGAGGAGGGACUUCCUGUGUGAGGCCAGCAUUAUGGGCCAGUUUGACCAUCCCAAUGUUGUCCAUCUGGAGGGAGUGGUGACCAGAGGCAAACCGGUGAUGAUUGUGAUUGAAUAUAUGGAAAACUGCUCGUUAGAUGCUUUUCUCAGGAAACACGAUGGUCAGUUCACAGUGAUCCAGUUAGUGGGGAUGCUGCGGGGCAUAGCAGCGGGGAUGAGAUAUCUCUCCGACAUGGGGUAUGUCCAUCGAGAUCUGGCUGCACGAAACGUACUUGUCAACAGCAAUCUCGUAUGUAAAGUGUCUGACUUCGGCCUGUCAAGAGUGAUCGAUGACGAUCCCGAGGCUGUCUACACAACAACGGGGAAGAUGCAGGAUAUAAUGAAUUUGAUCUUUACUCCAGCCACUGACCUGCAUUUUACUGAACAGGGUGGAAAAAUACCUGUUCGAUGGACAGCAAUGGAAGCCAUCCAGUACCGUAAAUUCACUUCCGCUAGUGAUGUGUGGAGUUAUGGCAUUGUCAUGUGGGAGGUCAUGUCCUAUGGGGAACGGCCUUACUGGGACAUGUCCAAUCAAGACGUGAUAAAGGCCAUAGAGGAGGGGUACCGCCUCCCUGCUCCCAUGGACUGCCCUCCAGGCCUGCACCAGCUAAUGCUGGACUGCUGGCAGAAAGACAGGGCCGAUCGUCCCAAAUUUGAUCAAAUAGUUGGCAUCCUUGAUAAGAUGAUUCGCAAUCCCAAUACCUUGAAAACCCCGGUGGGAACCUGCACGAGACCGAUUAGUCCCCUGUUAGAUCAGAGCACACCAGACUUCACUACUUUCCGCUCGGUUGGGGAGUGGCUGGAGGCCAUCAAGAUGGAGAGAUACAGAGACAACUUCACCGCCGCUGGCUACAGCUCACUGGACUCUGUGGCCAGGAUGUCAAUCGAGGAUGUGAUGAGCUUGGGGAUCAGUUUAGUGGGCCAUCAGAAGAAGAUCAUGAGCAGCAUACAGACUAUGAGAGCCCAGAUGCUGCAUCUCCAUGGCACAGGAAUCCAGGUGUGAUGACAGACUACAGUGCCCCCUGUGGACGGGCUAUCUAGAGCAGCACUAAGGCAAAACCUCCCAGGAUAAUCAUUGAAAAUCAUGUGACGUGACGUGACGUCGUCUCCUAUCUGACUAUUUUUUUUCACGGAUGUUUCGGAAUGAAAUAAUUCCUGUGAUCCUUGGCGAAGGAUUUGAACCCCUCUUUAGAACGGGUACUAAAGGAGAGAAUGACAGAAUACUACCUGAACAUGAUGCCGAACUUCAAACGCUCUGAGGAACUCUCAACAACAUAUCAAAUAGAGAUGGAGCUUUGGAAAACGAGUUUGAUACGUAUUAACUUGUUCUUUUAACCUCGUGAAUGAUUUUAUUUGUGCACCAUGAAAAUGGAUUUCACUUUUUUUUAAAAAGGAAAAAGAAAGAAGAUUUCAAACAAUUUGUUUAUUCCCCUUGCGGUGUUUUUUUCAGUAUUUUCUUUACUAGUUUGUUCAUUUUGUUAGUGUCAGGAGCCACAGUGAUAUGGUGUGGUACGUACAGUAGUCUUUCAUUUUUUUUUUCCCCUUACAAUUUUUUUCUUCUUUUUUUUCUAUUUUGGACUUGACAACAGGGUAAACGCUCCCAUCCAAAAGGAUGAGUAUGGUGUCUGAACAUUUUGGUGGAGACGAUUUCGAGGUACUUUGACCAGUUUGUCUUGAGACACUACUGGCUGUUUUAACUGUUUGCAGUGAGUUGUGUUUUUUUCUUCCUGAUGUUUUUGAAGUGAACAACGGUAUGCUGCACCUCAGAUAAGUGACUUCGGAGAUAGUAGUGUUCUCUCGGUCGUUUGAAGCUUACAGGAGUGCUUUGCUGUACGCAUUUGCCUGAACACAGAUGCUCCCAUUUUGUGAUGGAAAAUCAGAUUUCAAAUUUGUAUGUUGAAAUUUUGAAACAGUAUGACACCAAUCAUUCAAGUUGAUUUGAGAUUGAUCACAACUUUUAUAUGUAAUAUCAAGCAUCAAAGUGGCAACAUUCUUUACAUGUUCAUGUUUACCACAUGAAUCAUUUGAUCCUAUUGUCCAAUGUGCUUUCAAUCAGAACUUUGAUUUCCGUUGUUGAAUUCAUCAAUUGAACGUUUCCACAGAUUGCUCUACAGAAGGAUUGUAUUGAAACUUCAUGAGAUGACUCGAUCCACUGCAAAUGGUGUUGCCAUUGAAAUGCCCCCCCCCCCCCCCCCCCCCCCCUUCAAAUGGUAUUUGUUUCGUAUUUUAGUGAAUACGGUGGUUGAGGGUGAAUCUAGGAAAUGCUGUGUACGCACUUUCUAGAAGUAAUAAUGCCUUAAAAUGUGUUAGACUAAUGUAUUGACAUUCUUUUUAGGCUAUUCAAUGGCAAUGUUUUUUUGCAGUUCAGUGAGACAGGUCUUGUGUCUGAAUGGAAAGGUUCCCCAUUUUCUUUGUGGUAACAUUUCAUGCAGGUUGACGUUUAUUGUUACGAAUCUUUCCCUGGAGGCAGAACUGAGCAGUUUCCGCUAGAUGGGCCAGCUGCAAAAUCCAAAUUGACUAUAUCGUAAAAAUUCAUGAAAACAAACAUUCGCUUUUUGGUCUUAAAUUAAGGUACGGGUUAGACAUUAGGGUUAGCAGUGUGGUUAAAGGAAAGAAAAGGGAAAGGGGGAUACCUAGUCAGUUGUACAACUGAAUGCCUUCAACUGGAAUGUGUCUUCUGCAUUUAACCCAACCCCUCAAUGCUAGGGUUAAGGUUAGAGUUUAGGUUUAAAAUCAGGUUUUAUGACUUUGUGGUUGUGCAAGCUAGUGACCACCCUGCAGAGCUGCCUCCAAGGCAAGACUCAUGAAAGUAAAUGCCAACCUGCUCCAUUCAUCCUGAACUUGAAAAUCAUGCACACUUGCGUAUGUUGAAUUUCACGAUUGAUGAUUGACACAGUCAAUGUAGGGUAGAAGAUUGACCAAACAAAGCAAUAAUUAGUCCAGGUAGAAAUGGUCCUACUCAGAGAUUUGAAGGUGCUAGGUUUUACAGAAAUGCCUGUUGUGCUGGGAUAAUAUACCGGUAUACUUAAGUUAUCAAAUCAUGAAAUAGUAAUGCCACUUACGAAAUGGUAUCCCCGAAUAUGCUAAUGACUUAAUAACAAGGUCACAGUGUAUGACUAUAUUUGGAACAUAUGGCUGUGACCGUGGGGUGAAAUGACAUUCAAGCAGCAGAGAGGCACACGCAUUAGUCAUGACAUCAUCCCCACCAUUGCACCGCACUUAGUUUGAAGGCCUUCAGUUUGGCAUGAGGUACUUACAGCAUCUAAUAACCCAAUAUCAUGAUAUAUAGAAAAUCCUGAUACUCCUUAUUACGAUGAUCAUACUGUGAAAAUCACUUACCGUCCCAGCCCUAGCCAUUCAGGAGAGCCAGGCAAACAGUAUGGGUGAUGUAACAUGCAUAAAAGUGUUUCCAUGCCCCCCCCCCCCCGCCCCCCCACCCCACCCUUUUUUUUUACUUCCCUGCCCCUUUGUAUGCUAAUCAGGACACAGAGAUUAGGAAUGGGCUCUGCAAAGAUGUGCUAAAAAGCCAACCUAAUGGUGCCAUCAGUCUUCACCUUUUACAACAAAAUGAAUGUUAUCAUAAAUGUCUUCAGCAUUGUAUUAUUCUCUGACGAAUGGUUGGUUCACUCAUUUCUUUCUCAUUAAAAGUAAGGAAAAUAUAGAUAUUUCCAACUGCAGUUGUGUAAAAAAAAAAAUAGGGGGAGGUUUCACAGUAUUUUGAACAUACAGUACCAGUCAAAAGUUUGGACACGCCUAGUCAUUCAAGGGUUUUUCUUUAUUUUUACUAUUUUCUACAUUGUAGAAUAAUAGUGAAGACAUCAAAACUAUGGAAA